AUAUUGAAUGAGAACCUCGCUGCGUAGAAAGUGAAAUAAGCUCUCUUGCAGCAAGACCUACUAGAUUAUAACAACCAUGUCAUAAUCGGCAAACCCUAUGAGGAGCCCGUCCGCACAAUCCGCUAGGGUGCAGUACUCAUCGGCCCGCGAGAUCUACAUCACAAUUGGUCAAUGGAAAUUUGAAUUUUGAACACGCAGAAGCGGACGUAUGACCACUGUAGCAGACGACAGCAACAGCUCCUCUGAAAAUGUCUAGAAUGGUGAUGAUAUGGACGCAACUUCAGAAAGACUCAUCUCCUGUGGGUCAUCCACCACUUUACUAAAAUACUUAGUGCGGACACCACCAGAUCAGCUGGGCCAUACCCGUCAAACGAAAAACCGAAGCCAUGCACCGAUUGUCUUCUGCUCGUCAAAAAUUGGCACGCAUGACGUCAGAACCCGUGCUAACUCACCGGCUGAGCAGGUACCCCCACAGCAGAGUGCAUUGAUGGAUCACUGUAAAGAAGGUUGUGAAAACCCAGAGGAAGGGGAUCCUGCCAGAGAUUCACAAAGCGAGGAGGACAGUUAUGAAAGAUUAGCGGAGCUGGAAAAGUCAAUGACCCAGGAUGAGAUAGAGGAAAGGCGGAAGAAAGCUCGUCAGUUAAAAGAGGAUGGUAAUGGAAUGUUCAAAAAUGGCCAAUUCCAGGAAGCCUCGGACGCAUACACCCAAGCCAUACGACUGUGUACCUUGGAUGCAGCCAUUAUUUAUUCCAAUCGUGCAGCGGCUCGGUCCCGAUUGGACCAAAAAGAAGCAGCAAUAGAAGACUGCACCAGAGCGAUAGAGUUGGACCCCUGCUACAUUAAGGCCAUAUUAAGAAGAGCACAUCUCUAUGAAGAGACUGAGAAGCUUGAUGAAGCACUGGCAGAUUAUAAACUCGUUUUAGAACUGGACCCCAGCAUCCAGGAAGCACGGAGGGCUUGUGUGGUCCUUCCUGAUAAGAUCAACGAGAGGAACGAAAGGCUCAAAACAGAGAUGAUAGAAUGCUCCAUCAAGGAAAACUUAAAGGCUACGGUACCAUACAAGCCUCGACGUCUGGUACACGAAUGCUGAGGCAGCCGGGAAACACGCUAUAUUGAAUAAUACUUUGUUCUCCGCCCUCGAAGAUCUUGGAAGGCUCAGAGAGGCUAAAUCUUUGGAUCAAAUGUACGCAGAAAAAGAAAAAGCAACAUGCAGCACUCAGCACGAGCCCUAAAGCCGUAUUCGAACUUACACCUCUAAAAAAAGGCUCUUAUAGUGUCUAACAAUGUUUAAAAAUGGCUACAAUUCAAUAGAGCCGAUAAAAAGGCAAGCAACCCCAAAAAUGCCGUAUUUAGGCGUUUCUAGGGAUUUAUAGGCAAAUGCCUAAAAAUCCAGGCCCUACUUAUGGAACAAUCUUGUAGAGAUACGUGCAGAUACGUUUGUCUCCUUGUUUUAACCGCCCUUCGUCCCGUCUGAGUGCUGCAUUGUAGCGACAUGAAUCUUGUAGAGGACGACUUCAGGGGACACUUUUGACGGGCACCGGUGUCUGCCUCUGCGAGCGAAUAGCGACCAAUUAAGCGAUAGUGUAAGCCGUCCGGAACCGUGAGGCGUGCUGGAAAACGGCUCGGAUGAUGAUCAGGACUUUGUGGCAGCAGAGACGUCCCGUAAAGAUACGAUACUGUGUAUGCACAAACUAAGACACGUCUGUGCUCGGAGUGGACUGAGCGAUGAGACAUUCUGUUGCCGCAUCAUUGUUGGGGAUGCACGUGCAAGACACGGUCAGGAAACUAUGCCAGACAAAAAUCGCGGCGUUUCUACGGGCUCCGUGAGCGAAUUGAAUAAACUGUUUUUGUGCAAGGAAUCUCCGCGCUGUUCAGUCCGGUGCACACAACAUGGUAUAGCAGAAAGGUGGGUGUAGAGCCCUGCACAGGCCCCCAACCUGGCCCCGCCUGUCGGCUGGGCCAGGCUUGCUAUUGGCUGUGUGCUCCGGGCCGGGCUGGGCCCGGGCGGACAAAAUAUGCACCCAUCGCGGACCGGGCCGGAUCCGAGCCGACAAAAGACGCCAGCACGGCGGGCCGGGCCAGGCCGACAAACAUUUUUCUGAGAGUCAGGCUGGACUGGGUCACUAAGCAGCUAAUUCCACGCAAUGGAGGACUAUUCGUUCAUAUCAUCACGUGCUUGCAUCAUUCCUGUGCAUAGUAUUUGCAAAAACAAGCAAGGGACACUGCAUUAUGUGUAUGAUUCGACCCUCUAUAACAAUCUCAAAGCCACUUUACAUUGCUCUUGACUCCUCACGUA